UUUACAGCUUGGCAAUGGCUCCUCCCGGUCCGCCACUCGCGAACCCCCAUCCUUUUUAAGGCUCGACUCGACUCGACUCACUCGCUCAUGCCUCGACUCAGCACACCAACGAGCUCACUCACCUUUCCGCAACCGGAACUAUCCAUGGCGGGGACUCCUGCGACGAUCCCCAGAAAGAGGCUCCUCGUUCCCAAGAAAGUCUCCAACUUUCUCAGGAGAUCCACCUACCUGACCAAGAUGAGCAAGCCCAUCACUCCGCGCCUGGCCCUGCUUAAGAGAUCCGAGAGGCCGAGCGGAUCCGACCGCGCGGGCAACUGUUGGUUUCUCCGAGAGUGCGAGUUCUCUCCUUCGAGGACCCCGCUCGUUCGCCGCUACUGCGGGAAGAAGCUGAAGCUGAACGGGCGGAGGAGCUUCAAGGAAGACGUCCGGUCGUCGCUCUUGGUCCUGUGUAGUUGUCUGGGCAGGGGGAGGCCAUCAGGUUGGGAGGAGGAGGAAGACCGUUUCUUCGCUGCAGGGAAAUUCCCCGAGCCUGCCCGCGACGCCGUCGAUGAGGAGGAGGGCGGCGAUUCGGUGGACCUGAGAGCGGAGAUGUUCAUCCGGAGAUUCUACGACGAGAUGAGGAUGCAGAGACGGCUCUCCAUUUAGACGUGGAACAAUCCAAAGUCAUCACAUUUUGCAGGAAUGCGACAGCGAAGGAUCGUAGCGACUCUGUUUUCUUGUUGUCUGCUAUCCG